UGUAGAGGCAUAUCUGAAUCGCAAAUUAAAGAUAAACCACAAGAAAAUAAUAUCACAGAACGUAAAAUGUAUCAUAUUGUGAUAUUUUCAUUUCUGUCCUUAUUAAAUUCGUCCAGCUCAUUGUAUAACCAGCUAAGCAGUGAACCCGUGUACACGCUGCCGGGUGCGCGUCUCCUCCCACUUCUGUCGUCAAGGGAUGAAUUGUAAGCCUUUCUGUUAGCAUGCUAACUAACUACAUUCAACUAUGCCAGUGGACGGCUGAAAAGCAAAGGAAAGAGGAUGAUACAGCAAAACCUUCUAACAACUGCGAAAUGGAUUUACCAGUUUGACAAUCAUUCGAAGAGGACUAAAAAGAGAACAAGAACUGCACUGCAGAAGGUGCUCUAGUUGCAUUUUCUUAAGUAAACAUUCAAACAGACUAAUAAGCGCUCAAGUCCUACAACGUUUGAUCCCAUAUGAAUAAGACGGUGUCGUGUGACAAGUUUGUAUGAAAUUAUCUAGCCAGCUACUAUCGUUGUAUGACAACGGAUGACUUUCUCCAAACUGAAUUAGCGACAGGAAUAUUUGUUUAGAUAAUGGAUGCUUAACACGCACAUGCACUUCUGCAUGUAUUUCAGACAUGUCAGUUUGCAACCAACCUAGCAAUCGCUGGCCUGGGAAAGUAUUUUAGCAUUGUAGCUAGUGAGUCCAGCACCUACCUGCUAAUUAAGCGUUUUUGUCAAGCUCUAUACAGCCAGUCAGUUCGAUUAGUAUUGUAGCUGAUUAUUGUCAUGUGUCUCACAUGAGCUGGCACGUUUUGUUUGAUCUGUGAAUAUUAAAACUGGGCUUCACUGUUUGUUACAUGAGUCCUUAAACCGGAGAUCGUGCACUAGCCGACACUUUAUUAUUAUUAUUAUUUUAUUAUUAUUAUUUUCUUUACAAAAGCACGGGUACAUUUGCUUCUCUUUACUUAGUGAAUGCAGUUUUAUGAAAUGCAUCAAUCUGAAUCGAACGGGGAUUCUCUCGGAACCAAGAAGUUGGCACACGCAUCGGUUUUUACCAGUCGCGGGGGUAGUGACACGGAAAGUAGUGCUACGUCUGGCUCGUUGAACGCAGUCAGCAUGACCUGUAAUGCCAUCUUGACUGAUGACCACAAGUCACUACUAAUCCACAAUGCACCCUCUGCUGGAUCAUCCUCACCUCAUCAUAACUCCACCUGCCUGAACGUACACAUGCAGCCGCAAUCUCACCAAAGUGCUGGGGCCCAAGUAAAAAAGAAAAGCGGCUUCCAGAUUACAAGUGUUUUGCCAGCACAGGUCAGUGCUAGCACUAACAACAGUAUAGCAGAUGAUACAGAAAGCUAUGAUGAUAUGGACGAGUCACAUACUGAGGAUCUAUCCUCUUCUGACAUUCUUGAUGUGUCUGUAUCGCGGGCCACGGACACAGGGAUUCCUGAAAAAAGUUCUUCAGAAGAAACACUAAAUAGUCUACAUGGAGGAGAGACUCCUGGAGUUAUAUCACCUAAUGAACCAGGGAAUCUUCACCUGCACACUGUUCAGCCAGGAUAUAUGUUAAAUGGGACUAUUCAUCACCAUAACCACCAUAAGGACGAAGGGAUGACCUCAAUGCCUACACCACAACAACUAUUUCAUGGGGUAACUGUGUACUCUUCAUCACGUGAUAGCAAUGCUCUAUCUCCAGGCACCACUGUGCAGUCUGUUGUUCAGAGUAGAACCCAAAGAUCUGCUUCAGUCCAAGCUGCUGCUGUUGAUGUUAGUGCCACUGGAAAAGUGGACCAGAUCUUAUUUUCAGCAUCAGGUUCUGCAAGUGGUACCAGUGAAGCAGGUAUGCCUGGGUGUGUGAUUGGGUCAAAUGCUAUUGGGGGAGGACUUCUUGGCACAACAUUGCCUAUAGGAAACAGUACAACAGGAAUCACAGCUCUACAACCUUCCACUGCAUCCAGCACUGCUCAAAUUCAGUCUUCCACAGCCAUUGCAUCCCGUUUCAGAGUGGUAAAGCUGGACUCCAGCUCAGAACCCUACCGAAAGGGACGGUGGAUGUGCACAGAGUAUUAUGAGAAAGAAGCUCCUGCUGCAGCUCCAUUUACAGAUGCAGCAUCUAGCUAUCAAAGUGUGGAUAGCUUUGUCCAUUCUGAGAGUGAAAGUACCAGUGGAGAUUCCUCUUGUAGCAUGAUGAGUGGAUUAGGAGAUCAAGGAAUACAGCCUAACCAACAGACCUGUGUACCACCUGGUGUCUCUGUUCUUCACCCAAGUCUUUCCCAAAAUACUUCUCAACUUCACACACAUUCCCAAGAUGCUGGAAUACACAUUCUUACUUCACCACCUGUAGCACCCCCUAAAAACCCACAAGUUGUUUUAGUCCCAAGUCUAUUAGGAACUGAGAGUCAGCCUUCAGUAGAUUAUGCACAGGGCACCCAGGCCCCAGCUCAGUCUCAACAGAUGCUACCAGUUCAGAGCAGUGUAACACCUAGGGCUACUUCAGGACCUAGCUUUCCAGCUGGGACACUCACAAUGACCGUCCCACAGUCUGUAUCUCCAAGGCCCCACAUUUCAGUUCCACAGAUGGUGGUGUUAAAAGGAAGCACAAUAAAUCAGGUCCAGCAACAUCAACUACAAAUGCCUACAGAGCAGCAACAGCAGGCCAUUUCUAAUCAGCCACCCCAACCAAUGUUAUUGAAUACAGGCCAGACUACACCUAGUAUAGCUUCCUCUUCUGUUCAGAGCAAUAUUCAACCAGCCAUUCCUCCAUUCCUCCUGCAUGAAGGUCUUGUUGGCGAUCACUCUGGUGGGCUAGGUCUGGCCUUGCAUCACCAGGGAGGCCAGUCCUUCCAGAUUCCCUCAGCAAGAGACUCUUAUAGUAGUGUAGCACCUCUGAUUGCCUCCCAGCUUGAAGAUGCCGGCCGUCUACUUUUCCAACACCAAUCCCUACUUUCUUUGCCCCGGCUGGCAACAGGCAGUGUGUCAGGGCUUACUGGACAGUGUGGCUCUGAAGCAAGUACCAGUUUUGGACAGGAGGGUAGUUCCAGUGCUUUAGCCAUAUCUGCGGGCACAGAUGAAGACAGCUCUUUGGGUACCAGUGUUGUGGCCAUUGACAACAAGAUUGAGCAAGCAAUGGAUUUGGUGAAAAGCCACCUGAUGUAUGCUGUACGUGAAGAAGUGGAGGUGCUGAAAGAACAAAUAAAAGAUCUGAUUGAGAGAAAUUUCCAGCUGGAGCAGGAAAACAACCUACUAAAGAACCUGGCUAGUCCUGAACAGCUAGCUCAGUUCCAGGCUCAGGUAGAACCUUCAAUGCCCAGCAGGAUUGGGACAGAGCAGGGCAGGGCAGCUGGCAUGAUGUUUUCUGGACUAGCUUUCCCACAUGGAAGUGAUCUGGAUCCCAGUUGUACUCAUAGAACAACCUUCAAGAUCCCAACCAGACUGGCUUCAAAGUGGCACAUGGAAAUGGUUUGCCUCCUACCCUGAAGGUUGCUCAUAUAAUGGUAACAUGGAGAGGAUCGACAUCUGCUUCUUGCAGACUUUACACUGGUGUCCCAAAAAGCUCAGUACUUGGUCCUCUUAUUUUCUCCCUCUAUACUCACUCUUUUGGUGAAGCCAUAUCCGUACAUGGGCUCUCUUUCCACUGCUAUGCUGAUGACACUUGCCUUAUUUGCUCCUUCUCUCCCUCAGAUACCACGGCUUCUGCUUUGAUCUCAGCAUUUCUGGCUGACAUGGAUGGCAACUCCUCAGCUGAAACGCAAUCCCAGCAAAGCCGAACUGCUGGUUAUCCCAGGUGAUUCACCCCAGGUCAGGAUCUUGCAAUAACCCUGGACAACUCUCUGAUCUUCCCUUUGUCCAUUUUUGUGCAAUUUUCUGGCAGGUCUACCUCAACACAAUUUGACUUCUGAAAAUGAUUCUACAUGCAGCUGCACAGCUUGUUUUCAACCUGCCUAAAUUCUCCCACACCACUCCAUUGCUGCACUCUCUCCAUGGCUUUCGGGAGCUGCGUGCAUCCGAUUCAAACCCUGAUGGUUGCCUACAAAAGCCAAAAAUGGACCAACAGCCUCUUACUUCAAAACUCACAUCACUAUUCGCUCUACACCAUGCUCCCUCAGAUCUUCUAGCACUGCUAGAAGGGUGGGAUGUGGGGGAAUGUGGUAGCUUAAUGGUUAAGGUGUUGGACUGCUAAUCAGAAGGUUGUGAGUUUGAAUCCCAGGUCCACUAAGCCAGCCAUUGCUGGGCCCCUGAGCAAGGCCCUUAACACUCAAUUGCUUAGUUGUAAAAAAAAAAAAAAAAAAAAAAAAAAAAAAAUCAGAUAAAUUGUAAGUCACUCUGGAUAAGGGUGUCUGCCAAAUGCCAGAAAGGUAAAUGUAAAUGCUCGAAUGGACCCACCAUCUCUCAGUGUACUUAAGUACUCACCGAGACUGUUCUCUGUUUUGGCACCCAGGUAGUGGAAUUAACUUCCCCUAGAUGUCCGAAUAGCUGAGUCACAUAUACAGUCAUCUGAAAAAAUUAGGACACCCCAUGAAAGCCUGUGUUUUUUUAACAUAGCUAAACAUAUGGGCAUUUGAUCUUCAUUUUAAAAAUACUGAAAGAUUCAAGUAAUAUGACUAAACAAAUAAAACCCAAAGAAAAGUAAUUUUUUAAAUGAUCUGUAAAAUGUAAUUUAAAAAAAUCCAAAUUCUUGUGAGGGAAGAAGUAAGGACACCCCCACAUUUAUUUGUACUUAAAAUGGAUAAAAUGACCUACAGGUGUAUCACAUCAUGUGCAAAUUACUAGAACAUUGUUACAGAGCAUUUUGAAGGAGGCUUGCCUUAUUCAAAUCUCAGACAUUAAGCUUGCUUUGCUCUUAAUUGUUGAAGUGAGAGUUAUCACCAUCAGAAAGAAGAUUGUUGUUGCUUAUGGGUCUGGUAAGGGAUAUAAAAAGAUCUCAAAAGAAUUUGUGAUCAGCCAUUCCACUGUCCAGAAAAUCAUUUACAAGUGGAGAACAUUUAAAACAAUUGCAAACAUGACCAGGUCAGGCCAUCCAAGCAAAUUCACCACAAGAGCAGACCACAAGAUGCUUAAAGACGUCUCCAAAAACCGUAAAAUAUCAUUAUGGGACCUACAGCAAGCUUUUGCUACAGUUUAUGUCAAAGUGCAUAAAUCUACAAUCAGAAAGAGACUACACAACUUUAAUUAUUAUGGGAGGUGUGCAAGAUGGAAAUCUUUGCUGUCUAAGAAAAACAUGAGAGCAAGACUGAAGUUUCCCAAAGAAACUUCACAAAGGCCAAGACUUCUGGAAUAAUGUGCUUCGGACAGAUUAGUCUAAAAUUGAAUUAUUUGGGCACCAUAACAGGGCAUGUUUGGUAUAAACUAAAUACAGCGUUUCAGUAUGUGAUGCUCAUACCAACUUUGAAACAUGGAGGUGGAAGUGUUAUGGUUUGGGGAUGGUUUGCUGCAGCAGGACCUGGCUAGCUCACCAUCAUAGAAUCCAUUAUGAAUUCUACAUUGUAUCAGAAGGUGCUUAAGGAACAUGUAAGACCAUCUGUCAAAAAAUUGAAGCUAAAGUGGAACUGAACCAAUGACCCAAAUCAUACCAGUAAAUCCACCAAGGACUGGCUGAAAAGUAAAAAAUGGAGAAUUCUGGAAUGGCCAAGACAAAACCCAGAUGUAAAUCCUAUUGAGAUCCUGUGGGGUGAUUUGAAUUGGACUUUACAUGCAAUAAACCCCCCAAACAUCACACAGCUGAAAGAAUUCUGCAUUGAGUAGUGGGGGAAACUAAUUUCCAGUUGAUGUCAGAAACUGGUAAAUGGUUACAAGAAACGUCUCAUUGAGGUUAUUUCAGCCAAUGGGGGAAACACUAGCUAUUAGGGCAUAGGGUGUCCAAACUUUUUCCUCAGGUGAAAUACUCAUUGUUGUUAAAUUCUUUUGCAUCACUUUCAUCUACAGGUACAAAUUAAAACAAGAUCAGAAAUUGACAUGUUGACAUUUCUUAAUAAAGAACUGAAUAUUUAAUGGGGUUUAAAAAAAAAAAAAAAAAAACCCCAACAGAGUUUUUAAACUAAUGGUUUCCUUAGUCUGUGUCCUAGUGAACCAGUAUUGAUAUUGAUAUAUUCAUUGAUGGAGACUUCAAAGCACUUCUGUACAUUGCUCUGGAUAACGGCAUCUGCCAAAUGCCGGAAAUGUAUGUAAAUGUGAUGCCAUAGGCUUUCCCUAGUAGAAUAGGAAAAUAUAGAGUGGGAGUAAGUAUACAAGCAAGUACACACCAGGGCUUAGUGGAUUUAUAAAAUAUAACCAUAUUUGUAUCUUAUAUCCGUGUAACCAGACCACUUUUCAUCAAAACCUGUUUCAAUACAGGCAAGAGUAAAUGAUGGACAGCAAAUCCAGCCAAAUAUUUUGAUAUCCCAUGUGCAUUUUUAUGUUAUUAAGGAUGUGUGUUAUAUUUAGUAAUGCUGGACACUCAAGCUAAAACAUGACCCAAUUGCUGCUACUAAAAUUGGAGAGUAAAACCUUUCCAUGCGGCUCAUUACAAUCCAUAGCUGGGUAUUUUGGGCAGAAAAAUCUCAUGCAGACCAUCUCAUGGCCAAGGCAUACUGGCUGGACUUUUGUGGUACAGCAUGUCAUGAAUGUCAAUGUUGCUAAAUCAAUUUGCCAUACCUAAAGCACCACUGCACAAUCUGCCAAUGAAUGAGGUCCAUUUUAAAAGAAUUGUAAUCUUUACUUGUGUGUGCUUUGUAUGUCUUUCAGGGACAGUUUUGUGAAUCUGAGAAAGAAGGACAGAGCUGAAGGAGCUUGCACAUAACACGCACAUGAUGUGUUUUAUUUUGUUUUUUCCAGUUGAGUUGAGGGAGCACGGAAAAGUGCUUUGUUAAACAAUGAGAAACCUAAAGUUCACUUGUCUCUUUCCCAACCAUUUUCUCACAUACUGGUUCUACAAUGACUUUGCAAUAAAAAUACUGACAAGAAUAGUAUGCGCAUUUAUUUUUUGUUAUUCAGAUUGUAUUGCACUGUACAUUAAAGUAUUUGUUAAUUUACUCAUUUUAGAUCAACAUUUCUUCCAUAGAAAUAACCCAUAAUAACAAUCAUGAAUUGUCAUAUUGAACCAUGUAUAGAUAACCCACAAAUAAUACCAACAGUAUGUACAUUGAUUCAUUCUACAUUGUAUAAAGUACCUAGUUGCUUCUUGAGAUGUUUCACCUCUUUCUCCAUAUGGAAUAUGUCACGGCUUAACUCUCUGUGAGUGGACAGAGCUUUGUUCAGCUGGCAGCAAAGCCGUUUCAUAAUGGCCUCAUAUGUUCUGUUAUGAAUCUAGACAGAAAAAAGGUUUUAUCCGUACAUCAUUUAAUCUCUAUCAAGAUUACUAGAAAUUUUCUACAGCAAUGUUUAGAAAUACUUUUUUGUAUCACCAAUUACUUGCAGAGUUGCAACAGACACACAUUAUGUAAAUAAAGCCAUAAAACACAAAGCAAGUACAGAAAACAGAUGCAAUGCAACGUUGCAAAUUCUCAUGGUUUAUCAUAAUUAUGUUUCCUUUUUAUUAUUGUGUGGUUUUAAUAAAAUAAGUAGGUAAUGUUGCAAAACAUACUUUAUCAUUUUAAUGACUUUUUAUGUACUUGUAUAAAAGCAACUGCAUUUCAUUUUAUUUGUUUGAUUAUAUUUUCUAUAAGCCUUGCACAUAUUUUGUCAGCUUUUACCAGGUGGCACUGAGAUGCAAUUGUAUAAUUCUCCACAUGGUCCUGGUGUAAUGUUACUAAAGCAAAAUAAGUAUUUAUCCUUCAGGCAUGUAAUCCCCAGAAAAUAUUUCAGUGAAAAAAUGCUUUUUUUUUUUUUUUUUUUUAAA